CUCAAACGGCAUCCUCAGGUAUUCAAGAUGUCAGUCUGCAUACCUAUGCCAUGCCCUAGGUGCCAAAACGAUCCACAAGCCUAUAAUAUCAUUAAGUGCAUAGCGGUGGCAACCAUCAAUACUAAAACGCUUCUAUAGUCUAAAUCUGCAGAUAGAUUACCUUAGGUAAUCAGGUAGUUACUCUGCUCAGCCGCUGUGGUUAUAGUGGAGACAGUACCUACCCUGAAGUAAAUAUGCCCACUGUGGUGAAAUAAGGCAAUUACGGAGCAUUGAAAUCGCCCUGGUUGUCCAUCGUGAAUUCAGGCUUUUCAACCGACCAAAUAUUCACUCAUUAUGAAGACCCUGAUUCGCGACACUACGGCCUUCCGACGCCUCUCUGUACCCCCUCGUACCGCCUGCAGUAUCGCGUUUCAGGCUCCUUCACCCCGAACUCGCCCUCCAAUACCAUUACCAGCUCGUGAAGCUAUCGCCCUGUCGCAACAUGGCGCACGGCUCCUACAUUCGCAACCUUCCCGCCCCGCCAGUAUCGGCCAGGGCGAAGCCUCCAACCCUGCCAUGGCAUUCCCUUGCCUCGAUGCGAUAGAAACCCGUUCGGCAAGUCUGAAGGCCAAGUCGCUAUCGACCGGCCCUGAACCGACAUAUACCACCGGCGCCACCCAAGUCUUCCACUGCCGCGACCCUCUGCUGCUCGAUUGGGGCGGCGUACUACCCGAAUUCCAUGUCGCAUACGAAACGUGGGGUGAGAUCAACCCCGACAAGUCCAACGCGAUUCUGCUAUAUACCGGCCUCUCUGCCUCCUCGCAUGCCCACUCGACCGAGAGCAACCCACAACCCGGGUGGUGGGAGAAGUUUAUUGGCCCGGGGGGUUGUCUAGACACCGAUAAAUACUUCAUAAUCUGCACGAAUGUCAUCGGGGGCUGCUUUGGGUCGACCGGGCCAAGCAGCAUUGACCCGGCCGACGGCCAAAGGUAUGCCACGCGCUUCCCGAUUCUUACGAUGGAGGACAUGGUAAGGGCCCAGUUCCGGCUCCUGGAUCAUCUAGGCAUCGACGCGCUGCACGCAAGUGUCGGGUCCAGCAUGGGAGGCAUGCAGUCCCUAGCGGCCGGAGUGCUCUUCCCUGCGAGGGCGGGCAGGAUAGUAUCCAUCAGCGGCUGCGCACGGAGUCACCCCUACAGCAUCGCAAUGCGCCAUACCCAGCGACAAGUUCUCAUGAUGGACCCCAACUGGAAUCGGGGCUUCUACUAUGGUCGGGUCCCACCACACGCUGGGAUGAAACUGGCGAGGGAGAUUGCCACUGUAACAUACCGAUCCGGACCGGAGUGGGAGCAGCGCUUCGGUCGCAGACGAGCAGAUCCGACGAAACCGCCCGCACUAUGCCCGGACUUCCUGAUCGAAACAUACUUGGACCAUGCGGGCGAGAAGUUUUGUCUGACUUACGACCCCAACAGCCUCCUGUACGUCAGCAAAGCGAUGGACCUAUUUGACCUGGGCCGGGCCAAUCAGUUGGUCGUCGGGCAGCGGCGAGCCGAGCGGGAGAAAGUCAUUCGAUCCGGAUCCGCGUCAGCGACCAUCAGCGAUCCGUAUUGUAGCCUCACGUUGCCGGACCUGCCGUAUUCUGAACAACCGGAGGAAGACGCGGACGGCGCUAACCCGCACAAACCUAACCCUUCUGCACCGGCUGAUUCCCGGCCGCCUCAGGACCUCAUCGAAGGGCUGUCACCGCUACGAGAUACGCCAACACUGGUGAUGGGUGUGGCGAGCGAUAUAUUAUUUCCUGCUUGGCAGCAGCGAGAAGUUGCCAGCGCAAUACGGCUGACCGGUAACAGAAACGUGACGCAUGUUGAGCUGAGCGAGGAACAAAGUCUUUUUGGUCACGACACCUUCUUGCUCGACCUGAAGAAUGUCGGAGGCAGUAUCAAGAACUUUCUAAGAUAAAUAUAAGCCUACCUUCUCUGUCAUUCCCAGCGCGUCCCAUUUGCUUUUUUUUCUUCUUCUUCCUCUUAUAUGGAGGUAGGAUUACUACUACUACGUACAUACACGGUAUAAGCCAUUAAAUUCUACCCGCCUGGUCCCCGCGUCUAGGCAGGCCC